UAUUGAACAUAAUAUCUGCACUUCAUCCUGUCUUAUUUCUGUUAGUCAAAUUCUCGACAACCUUCUUUAAGAGAAGGAAAAACUUAUCUCUGUUUUUACUGAAGUCUCCCUACUCUCAGGAAGCAACUGAAGGUUGUAACAAGUAUGUAGCAUUGGGAAGCCAUAAUGUAACUAUACAUGUUUCUGCUUUGCAUAGCUUUUAGUUUCAGCAUUCCUGUGUACUCUUUCCGGGUGUGGGAAGAACAGGGCGUUUCUAAGGCUAUGUCUCCCGUAGGAGUGCAUUGCAGGUGUAGUAUGUGCUGUGCCUGUAGCAGUGUGGAUUUCUUUAGCCCCAGCAUGUUCUCAGAUCACUUACUUUACUCGUGAAAGUGAAACAGACUGUGUUGACAAAACCGCAGCUUUGCAGGUUCAGCUGUAUUUGUUGCAUGGGCUUUAGCCAGUACAUCUGACUUGUUUUGGGACUCAGUCCCUGGGAUAGAUAAUUUUUUGCAAGAUAAAUACAGCCUGAGCAACUUAAUUCUUGAAAAAAUAAAGUAUUAAUAGCCUUUAGCUUUUAUUUUAUUUGGGGUUUUUUGGCUGGAGAAACAUGACUAAUACAAUAGUUUUAUAUCUACAUUUCAUUCUUUGAAUAAUUCAAGAUAUUUCUAUUCUGAAAGUCUCCAGCUAGCUCACUGUCAGUGCAAAAAGAGAUAUGCAGCCAUCUCACUUGACUCAGAGGGGUAUUGAUUUAGUUACAGAUAACAACCAUACACUUAGUAUCUACUAUUUUAUCUUGGUUACCAAUGUUGUUGAACUUCUUAGGGCGUUAUGUUUUUAGCAGAUAAAGAAGUCACCUUCCUGUUUCCCAAAUUUUGUCCGUACCGUUGGACAGAAUUCAUAACAGUUAGAAAUGACUGAACCUACCGUGUACUUUUACUCAGUAAUUUUAAGUAUGAAAUGAUACUACUUCAGAUAAUGCAGUAAGAUUGGCUGACCUGUGCUCUGUAGUCCGACUUGCUCAGCCACUGAAGAAAGGAGUUAAAUGAGAUGGGUACAUCUGCCCCCUUCAGCUGCAUCUGUGUCUUCUUCAGUAAUUCUAAAAUACCUUUGAUUCAUCCAUAGCAUUCACAGCACUAGUAAACAAUAAAAACAAUUUUUAAGAAGUAAAAUAUUUGUACUAUGUUUCUGCUUCAAUUAAUUUCUUUCUUCCUAUGCCUUAGGUUUUUUGGCAUCUUUUAACCUACCCUAAAGGACUCAACAGCCAUACCUAGUAUGAUACUGUUCUCUUGUUGGUGGAGGGGACUGAAAGCCUGUAUCAUGGAAACUUUCCUGCAACUUUAAAAAAUCAGCCACAGGAAAGCUUUAGUCCAGAAGAUCCUACAAUUCCUCAAUGGAAAAGGUGUUAGAAACGGCCUGUGGCACUAUGGAAGCAUGGAGACAAAAUAGUCAUCUGUGGAGACCCUCAAGGAACUACUGGGGAAAGUGAUCAAAAUGAAGAGUUUGAACCAUCGCGUCAGGAUGGCGGCGGCUGAAUCUGACAAGGACUCUGGAUAUUCAGAUGGAAGUUCAGAAUGCCCAAGUGCUAUGGAGCAGACUGACUCGGAGGAUGUGCUGAAUGCCUUGUGCUGGAAUGCAGAGGAUGGGCCUUGGCAAUGCCCAGUGACCACGAGCAGCUCCUUUCCUGCACUUUCUCCUAUGGUUGUAAUGAAAAAUGUCUUAGUUAAGCAGGGGAGUUCAUCACAGCUUCAGUCUUGGACUGUGCAGCCAUCCUUUGAAGUGAUUCCAGCUCAGCCACAGCUGGUGUUUCUUCGGCCAUCAAUCCCACCUCCCAUUAACUCUCGCCCUGUUGGGAAAAAGAGAAAUGACCCCACUAAUUACCUGCCCAUCCUGAAUUCUUACCCUAAAAUAGCACCACAGCCCUGCAAAAGAGGUCAUUCCUUUGAUCUAGAAGAACGUCAGGAAACCAGUUGCCAUAAACGACUCUGCACAGAAGAGCCCAAGAUGGAGACUCCUCCUGUUUCGAGGUGCAUGGGCUUGCCUACUAGCCCUUUUGCCCACCUACCAGUUAGCUUUAAGACCUCUCAGGAUUCAAACCAGCAAAGUUCUUCAACUCUGGUGACAAGUGGAAAACUCUCAACUCUUCCUGGGUUUCAUCGUGUUUCCAGUGACACUCAGAAAGUCCCAGGUUUGACUCCCCGUUUGCCUUUUGGAACUCUGCAGGCCACAAAGUGCACUCCUCAGGAGAGUGAGGGUGCAGCACAGACUACAACGCAGUCUGCAGUGUGGAGCCCCCCAUUGAUACCAGAUGAGAUUUGCACUACCCCUGAGCUGCUCUUGCAACAACAGAGCAAGUGCAGACGCUUUCAGAACACACUCGUUGUGCUACGCCGGUCAGGGUUGCUGGAGAUCACUUUAAAAACCAAGGAGCUCAUUCAUCAGAACCAGGUGACUCAGGCUGAGCUGGACCGGCUGAAGCAUCAAACACAGCUUUUCAUAGAGGCAAUAAAGAACAAUGCCCCACAGUCGUGGGCAGAGCUAGAAGCAUCUCUAACAGGAUCUGAUAAAGCUGAUAGCAACCUUGAAGACCCCACUUAUCCCAACAUGUAGUGAAAAGGUACAUAGCUGUUGAUAAGUUAUUUCUGUGCCUCCGAUUUCUUGUCUCAAGCUUUUACUUGAGUGUUUUCUGAGUCCAGAACUUGGGAAGUGGCAUGCCAUUAACAAGUUGUCUUCAGAGCCAGUUUCAGGUCUGGAAUAGCAUGGUGGAGCCUUGACAGAAUGGGUACUUACUCCUUCAGCAUGACUUUGAACUCCAUGCUAACUCUGCUUUCUUGGACUUGGGAAUCUUGGAUGUGCUUUGCUGGUAUGUUACCAUUCUUGCACUAAGACAGUCAUUUGCAGUAUUCUGCAAGGAAGUAUCUUCAGAUAGUCAGUUCUGAGAAUGGAACAGCAGAACAGGCCCCAGUAUUGGGGCAUCAUCAGUUUCAAGUAGAUGAAGAGAGCUGGUGUGAGGAGAGGAAAUACUGGUGGGGUAGUAUCUUUAGGCUGUUGCUGUCUUUUGUUGUAGCAGCAUCUUGCUUUGGGUUUUCAACACAUUUGAAUUGGUGGAGAUCUGCUUGUGCUGAAGCAGCAUUCUAUAUUCAUUGCAGUCUUUGGUUAAAGUGAUGAGAGUCUUAGGACCCAAGUGGAAUGAUGUGUUUUGGUGAGUAUACUUUUGAUUGGAUCUAUACAGUUGAGUGACUGAAAAUCACAAGGCUUACACCAGGAAUGUUUAUUUAUUAGCCAUAUUUACUAAUGGCUGACAAGUGUACAAGGCAAGUGGCUUUGUAUUUUCUCCAUACCUAACAGAUUAGACACUGUUAUUAGACUGCAAUGAAUUCCUUUUUUUGAAACAGUACAAGAAAGAUACCAGGAUUCAUUUUGCAAGACUAUUAUUUUAUAUGCGUAUCUUUAGUUUACAAGCCCAAACUCCUUUUUUUUCCUGUGAAAUCAGAUUGUUAAGUAUUAAAAAAACAAAACAAAACAAACAGGUGAAAGGAAAAGGAGCCUAAUGACUUGUGGUGAAACAAAUCUGUCUCCCAUCCCCCUUCUCUCUAUUCUUUAUUUAGAGAAAUCAGAUUAGUGUACCUGAACAAGAAGGGAGGCUGGGAUGAGUGGAGAGGAAGGGGAAAAAAAAGAGCAAUGUCAGCUUGGGUGAUCUCAGUAAACAUUUUAUCUACCUGAGUUUGAGCUUAAAAAAAAUAAAAUAACAUUUUUCCUUCACAUAUAUUUAUAUAUUAUUCCUAGCCUGCUUGCCUUGAGAUAUAGCUAACAUCACUGUAUGCAUAAGGUAUUGGGCCUUACUAGUAGAGAUCCACAGUAGUCCUGUUACAAAAACUGUUCUACAGACAUUUAUUUCACUUGAGUUUAUUUAGACACUUAACUAUGUCACUGCCUCCAGUCUGAAGGCUUUUUUCAGAGAUAGUCUAUGUAAAGAACUAAAAAUGGCUUUUUUUAAAGAAUGUUGAGGAAUCUGGGUUGUUUAUGAUAUGGUCCUUUCUGUGUGACAGUGUUUUCAAAAAAUUGUGCCGUGUAGGUGACUGGGUAUUUUGAUGAUCGCUUUCUGUCAUCUGUUUCAGAUUCUGAAAAAAACUUGAAAGUGGAGUGGAUGUCUUGCUAAUUGGUGACUAGACCUUUUAAUUUUCUGAUGCCUCUGGGAAUCAAUAUUGCAGAAGACUGGAGAGUGCUUUUGUAGGCUUCCUCAACUAUGUUAAUUAGAGAAACUGUAAGGGGCUUCCCUCUUUUAAAAGUUUUCCCCCUUUUUAGACUGAUGAAGAGAAAUGCUGUACAUGCCCCACACAGAGGAGAAAUGUGAAUCAUAUUUCUACUAGCCAUAGGCCUAGAGGGAAAUUUCAGGGCAGGAUUUGCCUUAGUGGAGCUGUAGCAAGCUAAGAGCCAUGCCUUCCAUGGUAUCCAUGCCCACCUGCUGAAGACUAGUGCAGUACAUGGGAACUGAUUAAAAGAAAAGUGUUCAUAGACUAUGUUCUGUCAUGUGGUUUAUGAAAUACACCUUCUGUAGUCAUGCUUACUAGGAUGUGUCAUAACUCAGAGCCGCACCAAAACUCAGCCAGCAAACCCAGACGGCAGGAAGGCAGCAUCAUACAGUGUUAUAAUGUAGGACAUAGACCAUCUAGCUCUUCUGGAAUCAGUUGUGAUGUCUGUACCAGGUGACAUUUGGCAGGAUAGAUGUGAUGGUACCAUACGUAGGCCAUUUGUGAAAGAAUCCCAAAAGAUAAGCUUGUUUCUUCUGAGCUUACAGAAAGAAGAAGAGGCAGUAGGAUCCAUUGAUCUUAUACUUUUAAUAGGCCUAGAGGUGAGGUGUGAGAAAAUGCAUAGGAUAUCUUUCCUACUUUUCCUAAAAUUCUUAUUCUACCCAUUAAAAAGAGAGGAGAAUUUGAAGGUCAGAAUAUAUAUAUAUAUUUUAGAAAGUGAUCCUCCUAGAAAAGGAGGUGAUGAACUCAGGCUACCUAGAGAAGUCUCAAACCUAGCUGUUUGAGGCAAGAAAAAGUGAGUAUAACGAGAACUUCAUCCUAUUUCCACUGCUCUGAUAGAAUAAAAGGAAGGAAAGAUUGGCCUCUGACUUAGGGAGACUCAUGCUGAUGGAAAUCUUUUCAUAGUCCACAAAGUACCACAUGUAUUUUUUCCUUUGACAGCACUAGGCAUGGGCUGAAGAGUGUGUCUUUAUAGCUGAUGGACCUUUCAGCUGGUAUAGUUAGUAUAAAUACAUAUUCACUAAAUUUGUAAAUAAAGUCCAUCAGCUGAUUAGAAAUCUUCUAUUGGGUGUCAGUCCAGAUUUAAAUAGUAUUUGCUGAAUUAGAAAAAUCCACUCUGAAUGUGUAAAUCUGGGGCCCCUGAGUACACAUAUCCCUAGAUACUGCAGAUCUUGAUGCAACAUCUAUAAAAAAGGAUGUUGAAGCCCUGUAGUGAUAGAUAGAUACAUCAUCAAGUACAAUUCUCUUCAGUUUCUCUUAGCUGCCUUUAUUCCUAGUAGCCCUGAUAAACCUUUAAACAAUAAGGUUGUUUUUUUUCUUGGCUGCAAUUUAAUAAAAUAGGUUAGCUUGGAACUGUGUUGAGAAAUUUAGUUGACUACAUUAGCACAAGAAUAGGUCCUGAGUCUGGGCAGGAUCUGGAAGUGGUCCAGUAGAUUUGAGCGGAAACAUUACCUUCUCUGACAGGAAACCUCUAAGCAAUGAACUUAUGUAUUUUUUGACCUUUGAAGCUUCAAGACUUUACAUUAACAAGGUAGCUGAAGACAGCUGUCCCAGUCUAAAGUCUAUCGGAUGGCCUUCUGGAGCUUCAGUUGUUGCUCACAACUCGCAGGCCUUCUAGUUUGAUGGGACAGACAGACAGACUUCUUGUUUUCUAUUAAGUUUUAAUAAACGUUGAUUUUUUUUUAUUACUUUUACUAUGUAUUUUUGAAAUUCUACUGCUCUAGGUGGAAUGUAAACAUUUUCUGUACUUUUGAAGUCCGUUGCCAGCUCUGAAUACAGUAACCUAAUAAGUCUGUUGUAGAACGUGACCUUUUUGCUAAAACUUUACAGAAACAGAUUGUGAAAUAUGAAAGGAAUAAAGUAUGUACUUUAAAAGUU